CAGAGAUCCGUAGAGCAUGUGACGAUCAGCUGACUCCAUCCGGAAGCUUUGAGGAAGCAGACAACCACAACAACAAAUCCUCUUAGACAAAAUUUGAAUUUCUAGAUUUAUUUACCGCUGUUAAUCAUGGAGGCGACCUUAGAGCAGCACCUGGAUGAUACCAUGAAGAACCCAGCAGUUGUCGGUGUGCUCUGCACGGAUCAACAAGGACACAACCUAGGCUGCCGUGGCUCGCUGUCUGAUGAACAUGGUGGUGUUGUGUCAGUUUUGGCCAAACAAGCUGCAGCUCUCACCAGAGACCCGACAGACACGCCGACUGUGUGCUUGGAGUCUGAGUCAGGAAACAUUUUGGUGAGGAGUCACGGGACCAUCACAGUAGCAGUUCACAAGAUCGCAUCCUGAAGACGCCAGGGCUCACCGAGGCAAUAUAUUGUAAAGAAAUGUACAUGUAAACAAACACAUAAGUAUGAUAACACAUUCUGAAUGAACUUUGAGAGAGAGAAAUCUGUGGUUUCCUCAUUGGUCUGCUGUGUUUUCUGUAUUUUCAGGUCCCGUAUUUAAACCAGAUUGCGCUCGCUGAUUUUCUAAUACUGAACACUGGAGUGUGAAUCCUUUCUCUCGUAAAAUUCAGUCACACCAAUCUGUUAGUAAUGCUAUUUUAUUGAUGCUGUGUACAGAACAUGUCCUAUAUCAUAUUACAUCCAGCUAUGUUACUGCUUUUUGUUUAUACCUUUAUCCUUCAAUCCAAGGCAGUCAUGCACAGAAUAACAAGCUUUAAUAAACCUUAACUUGACUUUG